AUGAGUGGCCCAAUAAAUAUUCAUUUUAUCUAUUACGGAAACUGGAACGAUCAAAAUGAACGCGACAUUCUUCAGAAUUUCUUUACAAAUGUUGAUGGUACGCCGUGGUUUCAAACAUUACGACAAUAUUCUAAUCUAGCGAACACAAAUAUCACUGGCCCAAUCCAACUUACUCAUGUAUUAGCUAACGAAUAUACCUUUGGUACAUCACUCACAAAACAAAAUCAUAUUGACAUCAUAAAUGAAGCGAUCGAUAAAAACUUUUUACCCGUAGAAACAAAUGCUCUUUACUAUGUUCUCUCCUCGAAAGAUGUCCAAUCGGAAGGAUUUUGUAAAGAUUAUUGUGGGUAUCAUUCACACUUUACGCGUCCAGAUAACACGCAAUUGCUAUUCGCCUACGUGGGAAAUGCUGAACAACAGUGUGCACCUGGUUGCGCAACAGGAAAUCCUGACAUUUCGCCAAAUUCGAAUGUCGGUAUUGACGGAAUGAUUAAUAUCAUGGCUCAUGAAAUGAUCGAAUCCCUGAAUGAUCCUUUUUUGAGUGCUUGGUACGAUUCAAAAGGUCAAGAAAGUGCUGAUAAAUGUAAUUUCAAUUUUGGACCAACUGUCAAGGCUGACAAUAAUGCUAAUUACAACAUGAUCGUUUCGGGCAUCAAGUAUAAUAUUCAAAUGAACUGGAAUCCAAACACUGCAGAAUGUGAAAUUGGAAGUUAG